UUACUAGCGUUGCAGAUAAUAGCAGGGGCAAUCUGGUCACGCCUAGCUAGAUGCUCACUGAUCACUCACUGAUCGGAGGGCGUAAACAGCCAUAUAUAGUAUACUAUACACUGGGUAACACACCACACACAUCGCCUAACUAAGCUAGACUAGCUAAGCCCCAGCAAAGAAGGCAAGCAAACACGUACAACGAGAGAUCAGAGAUAUAGCUCGAUCGAUCUUAAUUCCAUGGAUGAGCAAGGAGGGGAGAGGGGGCUCCGGCUGCUGCUCCCAGCACCAGCAGCGGCAGCUCGAGUGCUCCACGACGCGGCGCCCGCGAGCGCCGCCGCCGCCGAGCAGCAGCUGGACCUGGACCUGUCCAUGAGCAUUGGGCCGCGGCAUCAGUCGAAUCAGCCGCAGCCAGGCCCAGGCCCACAGCUGCUGCUCCUGCCACGGCCCGCGGUGAAGCAGCAGCAGCGGGAGCGGGAGCGGGAGGUGGCGGCGGUGAAGCGGCAGACGGCGGAGCAGGUGCGGAUGGCGUCGGCGGAGCGGGCGUACGCGGAGCGGGUGCGGGAGCUGGCGAAGCGGGAGCUGGAGCUGGCGGAGCGGGAGUUCGCGCGGGCCAGGAUGAUCUGGGAGCGCGCCAGGGAGGAGGUGGAGCGGGUGGAGCGGAUGAAGCAGAUCGCCGCCUGCAGGCCCCGGAUCGGCUCCGCCGCCGGCGCCGCGCUCGAGAUCACCUGCCACGCCUGCAUGCAGCGCUUCCAUCCCUGAUUCGCUCCAUUCAUUAUCAGCCGGUCGAUCGUCGUACUGCAUGCACCGGCGGCGACAUGGCCGGCCUUGCCUGCGCUGCACUGCAGUCUGCAGGUCGCCAUUGCUAGAGCUCGCUGUAACUCCCAUCUCUAUAUAUCUCGUAGUCCUAGCUGCUGUGAAUCUGCCAAUGUCACGUUCAGUUUGAGAGAUGAUAAUCAUCUUAUUUCCGGUUGAUGCUGCUUCUUUUUCUCUUUGUUUAUUCGGGUGGAAGUACAUGCUUGAUUUUUAUUUAUUGUAUUUUAUGAAUGAGGAGCACAUGCCUUCAUUUUCA